CAGGAGGGAUUGGGAUGUCGAUUCCAGUUUAAUUUAUUUGCAGAAAUAUAGAAGUUUAUAAUAAAACUGCUAGUUUUUUUUUAAGAAAACAUAUUGAGAAUUUAGCUGAACAAUAAUAACUAAUUUGUAUACCUUGUAUACUGACAUGACUUGUGAAUUUAUCUUUAGAGAUGCAACUGAUAUCUAUUCCAGAUUGUUUAACCACAGAGCUGCCUUACAAGGACUGACCAAUAACUUUGUCAAAGAGUUUGAGGAAAAGAGAGGGGAGAAGGAGAUAAUAUCUUUGUCACGGACACACGAGGUUGUAUUAGACUGCAGGGAUCGAGCAUUACCUUCAAGCCUAGAAAAUUUAAACAAUAAUGUUACACUCCUCAAAGAAUCAGUUACCAAAACAUUGCAAAUGUCACAGAGAAUUCUACAGGAUUCUGAUGAAAAAAAGGUAGAUUGGAUAGAAUCACAGAGACAAAUCAGAGAGCAACAGUGGAAUGAAUUUAUGCAGGCACAAGUUGUUCGAAGUUCUCGUGUUGAUACAGAAUUUAAAAACAAAAUAGAUUCCCUAAAGAAACAUUAUACUGAGUUGGAGGAUAAACUAAAAGAAGGAGCUAAUAAAGUGCUUUGAUAAUAAACUGGAUUUUAAGCAAUAGACCACUUAAUAUGGCAGACACUUAAGAAAAUAGGAAUAGAAUAUUUUAUGAAAUAUUAUCCAUAAAAUCAAAUUAUUUCCAAGUGCCAAAGACAUUAGUUAAAUUGAUUUGGAAAAAAAAAUGGAAUUUUUAAAUUUUUAGUCAACUAAUGUAGUUGAACCUUUUUUUAUUUAUUUAAAAAACCUUUCUAUCACCAAACAAAAGUAACAAUACUUUAAACUCAAAGCUGUUAUUUUUUAGCAUCCCCAUAAAUGGCAUAAAGUUUUAAAAUUUGAAACUAUACAUUCUACUGUUUUCUCAAUGAACCAAAAAUGUUGAGUAUUAAGUUAUUGACUUUCAUUUAGGUGUUUAGUAAUGAUGGUGUGGUCAAAUGGUAGAGCUCACGACUGAAAACCUCAUUUAGAUUCUGGGCUUGAGUCAACAUCCCCGAGUCCACCCAGCUCUGAUGAGUACCUGAUUCACGUUAUGGAAAUUAAGGCAGCUGGGCAUAAUGUUGACCAAACUAUCCCCCUUUUGUCGAGGUCAUUGAAACAGAUGACCUCUCCCUUAUCUGCUCUGUGUCUUGGGCAUGAACAGAAACAGUUGAUGAUUAAUUAAACUGAAUGUUAUUUAAAUGCAAGUUUAUGAGAUGUUGAAAUAAAUUUAUUAUCUGUAAAAUAUUGUUUUCUUGUGUUU